GGCGAUGACUUCAUCAGUUAUCAAACUGUCUAGGCUAGUAAAUGUUCAUUUACAUAAAUGUCCUUGGGCUUCUCGCCCCUUUGACAGUUACUAUUUUUCUACUACGAAUAAUUCUAAGCGAAAAGAAAAAGAUACAAUGGGCGAGCUUGAUGUACCCGACGACAAAUUGUAUGGUUGUCAAACCGCCAGGUCUAUUAUGAACUUUCCUAUUGGCGGCAUUGAAGAAAGAAUGCCGUAUCCAGUAAUUGUUGCUUUCGGUGUAUUGAAAAAAGCUGCCGCAAAAGUAAAUAUAGAAUUUGGAUUAGAUAAGAAGAUUGCGGAAGCAAUUAUGAGUGCAUGUGAUGACGUGAUUUCCGGAAAGUUGUAUACUGAAGGUCACUUUCCCCUGGUCAUUUGGCAGACUGGUUCUGGUACACAGUCAAAUAUGAACACUAACGAGGUGAUUGCAAACAGAGCCAUUCAAGCUAUGGGAGGAAAGUUAGGCAGCAAAGAUCCCGUACACCCGAACGACCAUGUCAAUAAGUCUCAAAGUUCCAACGAUACUUACCCUACGGCCAUGCAUAUUGCUGUGGCUUUGGAAAUCCGUGACUGCCUCAUGCCUGGCUUAGUGGCUCUCAAGGAUACAUUAGAAACUAAAUCAAAAAGUUUUAGUAAAAUUAUAAAGAUUGGCAGGACUCAUUUGAUGGACGCCGUACCGUUGACUCUUGGACAAGAAUUUAGUGGUUACGUUCAGCAACUGACUUAUGGCAUUGACAGAGUGUGUUCUACUCUACCCAGAUUGCACUUACUAGCUUUAGGUGGUACGGCAGUUGGCACUGGCCUAAAUACCCGAAUUGGUUUUGCAGAGAAAUGCGCUGCUGAAAUUUCAAAAAUUACAGGACUUCCAUUUGAAACGGGGCCUAAUAAAUUUGAGAUGCUAGCAGCUCACGAUGCGAUGGUGGAAGUAUCUGGCGCUCUCAAUGUUAUCGCAGUUUCCCUAAUGAAAAUCGUGAAUGACAUAAGAUUGCUUGCGUCGGGACCUCGGUGUGGUCUAGCCGAGAUUUUAUUGCCAGAAAAUGAACCAGGUUCAUCAAUUAUGCCAGGUAAAGUCAAUCCAACACAAUGCGAGGCUCUAACAAUGAUAGCUGCUCAGGUAAUGGGAAAUCACGUGGCUUGUACAAUAGGAGGUAGUAACGGACAUUUCGAGCUUAACGUGUUCAAGCCUAUGAUUGUUGCAAACGUUCUGCGGUCGAUUCGGUUGAUUGGCGAUGGAUGCCAGGCAUUCAAUAAAAACUGUGCAAUAGGUAUUAAAGCGAAUGAGGCAAGGAUAACAAAGAUUAUGACUGAGUCUCUAAUGCUGGUAACUGCACUAAAUCCACACAUUGGCUACGAUAAGGCUGCACACAUAGCAAAAACGGCGCAUAAAGAGGGUGGAAACCUUAAAGAUACAGCUGUUAAACUAGGAUACUUAACAGAGACGCAAUUUGAUGAGUGGGUACGACCCCAGGACAUGCUGGGACCAAAAUAAAUAUACACAUGGUUUCGAUCAUUGAAUACAGAGAUUAGUAGAGUAAAACAAAAUGUAGGCACAGAGUUAAUUUUAGUUUUACCAUCUUUAUAGGUAUCAUUCAAUACUUAUAGAUUUACCUGAGAAAUUAAAGAAUGAUCGUGUUAAUUUCCAAAAUGAUAUUUAUAUCGCCUUAUGCUUGUGCUUAUUUAUUUAAUACCAUUCUGAACUUUUUUUACUAUUUG